AUGAGAAUUCCCUUCUUUUCGUGGCUCGUCUUGGUGCCCAUCUGCACACUUUUCCUCAACUUCUCUACUGUCUUUGUGGUGUCUCACCAAUGUUUGGGCAAUCAACGGUUCUUGUUGCUCGAAUUGAAGAAGACCCUUAUAUUCGAUUCUACUUUGUCCACAAAACUUGUUAAGUGGAACCAAAGUGUCGAUUGCUGUUCUUGGGAUGGCGUAACCUGCAACGAGGGACGUGUUAUUGGUCUCGACCUGUCCUUUGAAUUCAUCUCGGGUGGACUUGAUAAUUCAAGCAGCCUCUUUAGUCUUGAGCAUCUCCAAAGCCUGAGUUUUGCUGUUAACAACUUCAAUUCUCCGAUUCCAUCAAAGUUUGACAAGCUAGCGAAUUUGAGUUAUUUAAGUCUAUUCAACGCCGGCUUUGUAGGGCAGAUUCCUAUUGCGAUUUCGCGCUUGACAAGAUUGGUUCAUCUUGAUUUAUCUUCCUAUUCAUCUCCGCUGAAACUUCUGAAUCCAAAUUUAAAUGUGCUUGUUCAAAACCUUCCGGAGCUUGUGGAACUUUAUCUUGAUGCUGUAUUACUAUCAGCACAUGGUAAAGAGUGGUGUCAAGCUUUAUCAUCUUCAGUGCCAAAUUUGAGAGAGUUGGACUUGUCAUGGUCCAAUCUUUUGGGCCCUAUUGAUUCCUCCUUACGGAAUCUUCAGUUCCUCUCAAUUAUUAAUUUGUCCGGUAACAAUUUUUCUGCUCCAGUUCCAGAAUUUUUUGCAGAUUUCAAAAAUUUGACGUCCUUGGAUUUCUUUGAUAGUCAGCUGAAUGGAAAAUUUCCAGAAAAGAUAUUCCAGGUUCCAACUCUACAAAUGCUUGACAUGUCAUAUAACUCUCGACUUGAAGUUUCUUUGCCAGAAUUUCUCCCAAAUGGAUCUCUUCAAACCAUGGUUUUUAGCUAUACAAAUUUUUCUUCGUCAUUUCCACCUUCUAUCGGUAAACUUAAAAUGUUGUCAAGAAUAGAUUUUGUGGGAUGCAAUUUCCACGGAUCAAUUCCAGACUCAAUUGCCAACCUCACACAAUUGGCCUAUUUGGACUUGUCAAACAACAAUUUCAAUGGAUCAAUUCCAGACUCAAUUGCGAGUAUCACCCAAUUGUCCUAUUUGGACCUGUCAAACAACAAUUUCGAAUCAAUUCCAGACUCAAUUGCAAGCCUCACACAAUUGUCCCAUUUGGACUUGUCAAACAACAAUUUGAAUGGAUCAAUUCCAAGCUCAAUUGCGAGCCUCACACAAUUGGCUUAUUUGAACUUGUCUGACAACAGUCUCACUGGAUCAAUUCCAAAUUUCAGAAUGUUCAAGAAUCUGACUUUCUUACUGCUUCCUAAUAAUAAUCUGUCUGGUCAAAUUACUUCCACUCAGUGGGAAGAACUUUUGAGUAUGAAUUCUCUUGACUUGAGGAACAAUUCAUUGAAUGGGAAGAUUCCAAUUUCUCUACUUUCCCUUCCAUCAUUGCUAGAGUUAUAUCUUUCACACAACCAAUUUUCUGGCUCCUUGGACCUUAGUGUGAUUCAAACGUUUGGAAGGCCUUUGAAGCUUGAACUUUCAUACAACAACUUGUUGGUUGAAUUUAAUGGUUUUAACAUUUCGUUAACCUCAUUUCCCCAAUUUUCCUACUUAGGAUUGGCUUCUUGCAAGUUGAAAGUAUUUCCUGAUUUCUUGAGAAACCAAUUGAGUUUACAAUUUCUUGACCUUUCAAACAACCAGAUCUAUGGAGAGAUACCAGCAAGCAUCAGUCAAUCUCUUGCCACCACUAACUUCUUGUUUCUUUCAAGUAAUAAAUUGAAUGGGAGCAUCCCUAGAUCAAUAUGCAAUGCUACAUAUCUUCAACUUCUAGAUCUAUCUAAUAAUUCCUUAAGUGGCACAAUUCCCCAUUGCUUGAUUGAGAUGAGUGGAAGUCUUCUUGUGUUAGAUCUAAGGACAAACAACCUCAAUGGCACAAUUCCUGAUGCAUUUCCAGAUAAUUGUGGUUUACAAACUUUAUCUCUCAAUAAAAACCAACUACAAGGGCGGCUACCAAAAUCUUUGGCCAAUUGCAAUGAGUUGGAGGUCUUGGACAUUGGAAACAACCACAUCGAGGGUACCUUCCCAUUUUACUUGAAGAAUGCAUCCAUGUUGAGGAUUCUUGUUUUGCGAUCUAACAAAUUUUAUGGGCCCAUUACUCAUCCAGAGCCUAAUGCCACCUGGCCGAUGCUUCAAAUUAUAGACGUGGCUUCAAACAAUUUUACUGGUAACCUUCCAAUAAUACCUCUUUUGACUUGGAUGACAAUGAUGAAUCGUUCACCUAAGGCCCAAUCAAGGCUAAGUUACCUUGGAACUAGUGUGGAUGGAAUUUAUUAUCGAGAUAUGGUAACAGUUACUAUCAAGGGUGUAACGGAGGAGUUGAAGAAUAUCCUACAAAUCUUCACCACUAUUGACUUUUCUUGCAACGGUUUUGAUGGUCCAAUACCUAACGAAAUGGGAGAAGUCAAAGUGCUUCAUAUUCUCAACUUGUCGCAUAAUGCUUUGACAGGCCAAAUUCCAACAUCUUUGGGGAAAUUGAGGAAUCUUGAGUCACUAGACCUGUCAAGCAACAAGCUUUCUGGUAAGAUUCCUUUGCAACUUGCCGAUGGUCUUAUUUUCCUAUCAGUUCUCAACCUUUCCUUCAAUCAGUUGGAGGGGAAAAUUCCAUUCAGCAAGCAAUUUGCUACAUUUUCGGAAACUUCCUUCAAAGGGAAUGAAAGAUUAUGUGGCAUCCCUUUGAAAUCACACUGCACGUACGAGGAGCCGCGAUUGUCACCUCCAACAUAUGAAGAAAAACAUUGGAAUUCUGGGAUUGAGUGGAAUUUCAUAAGUGCUGAACUGGGAUUUGUUUUUGGCUUUGGAAUUGUCAUUGGGCCUCUUAUGUUCUGGAAGAGGUGGAGGUUAUGGUAUUACAAACAUGUUGAUGACAUUCUUUUCAAGAUCUUCCCUCGAUUGUAUCUUGGAAAAGAAUACCAUCAAAGGCGCAGACAUAGAAAUCAGAGAGCAAGGCACUAG